UCUAUCGACGACUUUUACCUGGAGCACAAGGAAAAGGUCGAACGAAACAUCAAAGACAACAAAGGGCACGACAUGGAGUCGGAUCUGCAAAGUGCUCGAGCUCGAAAACUCGCAGUCCAAGACGAUAGCACGGACAGGGCCGGGAACGACGGACCUGACCCGGUACAAGGAGGUUCUUCUCCGUCUGAAAAGGGAGGGCGAUACGGCGCCUGGAGCGGCUGGCUACUGAGGUUGGCUGACGGAGAGAUAACCCUGUGUGUGCGAGGGAAAAAACCUGCCUUUCUCGGGGGAAUGUAUUUCUCCAUUGCGAACGUGGAUGCUGUCUCUGCAGGGUUGAGGGCUCUUUGA